AUGGAUAGAUUUGGAGAUGAGGGCAGUAAUGAAGAGUCCGCCAAUCUUCAGGAUCGUAAACCAUUUGGUGCAAAUCCAACAGGAGAAGCUGUAUUUGAUGCAUCACAAUAUGAAUUUUUCAGUAACAAUCUAGUUGAGAAAGUUGAUCUUGGGGGAUUAGAAGAUGAAGAGGAUGAUCUCCCUGCGGUUGCAUUUGAUGAAGAAGGGUUUCAACUUGACAGAGAUGAGGUUGAAGCCAUGGGAUCUUUAUCUGAAAUUGAUGAUCUAGACAACACAUUUUCAAGGUUAAACAAAGUUGUCAGUGGGCCAGGAAUUGCAGGAGUUGUUGGUGGUGGGGGGUCCAGAGGAAGUUCAUCUGCUACUGAAUGGGCACAAGAGUCCAGUUUUCCGAUUUGGUUUGAUCACCAUGCUUUUGAUGCUGCAAGCACUGAGGAAAGCAAAAGAUGGUCAUCACAGCCAUAUUCUUCCUCUAACCGCUUCAUGGAAUCCAAAUCUUUGUACAGAACAUCUUCACACCCUGAACCACAGCAUCAGCUCCCGUAUGAGCAUCAACAGCAACUCCUACGACAUCACUAUUCUAUUGAAGCGAAUCUUGUUCCGAAGAUGCCAUUCACUUCAUAUCCUCCCACAGAUGGCAGAUCACAGCAGGCUUCAGGAAGUAGUCAAUCUAGCCACCCGAAUCUUGCAUAUCGCCCAGGUGGGCACCAAAUGGCAGCUGCUUCGCCCAAUAUUUCUUCUUUCUCUAAUCCUCAGCUUCAUAUGAAUGCCUUUCCUCACGGGCCACUGUAUGGAGGAAAUAUGCCUCAGGUAACUCAUGGCCUGCCAGUUAAUAGUCGACUCCAGAACCAGUGGGGGAACCAACCUAGUUUAUAUCCUGUAGAGCAUCCUGGCCUUCCAAACAACAUUUUGCAGCAACAGCAGCUACCCCAUCAAAAGGGUUUAAUGCCUCCACAGCUGCACUCCCAGCCACACAGAGUUCAGCAUCCGUUUCAGCCAUCCUUUGGCCAUCUAUCGGGGCUGCAGCCUCAACUUCACAAUCCUCAAAUUUCUGCAUCACCACCUUUGAUAAAAAACUCUGAGAUGCUUGGAUUAGCUGAUUUGAGAGAUGCAAGGGCUAUUUCAAUGCUGAGAAGUAGACAGGGUAUGCGAUAUUCUCAACAUGGUUUCGAAUCCGGUAACCAAAAGAGUGAUAGCAGGUGGCCAAAAUUCAAUUCCAAGUACAUGACAGCCGACGAAAUUGAAAACAUUGUGAGAAUGCAGCUUGCUGUUACUCAUAGUGAUGAUCCUUAUAUUGAUGAUUAUUACCAUCAAGCUUGUCUGGCCAAAAAAUCUUCUGGUGCAAAGUUGAAACACCAUUUCUGCCCAACUAAUCUGCGUGAUAAUUUUUCCAGGGCUCGUUCUAACAAUGAGCCACAUGCAUUUCUCCAGAUUGAUGCUCUUGGGAGGCUUUCCUUCUCUUCAAUUCGCAGGCCCCGUCCACUUCUUGAAGUUGAUUCCCCAAAUUUACCCGGCAGUGGUAAUGCUGAAUUGUUUGAGAAGCCUUUGGAACAGGAGCCAAUGCUUGCGGCUAGAGUGACCAUUGAGGAUGGCAUUUCCCUCCUCCUUGCUGUUGAUGAUAUUGAUAGAUUCCUACAAUUUAAUCAGCUCCAAGAUGGUGGGGCCCAGUUAAGGCAAAGGAGGCACAUCCUGUUAGAAGGUUUGGCAUCAUCGCUUCAGCUUAUUGAUCCUCUUGGAAAAAAUGGCCACGCAGUGGAUUUGGCUCCUGAAGAUGAUCUUGACUUCUUAAGGUUAGUUUCUCUUCCUAAGGGCCGGAAGUUCCUAUCAAGGUAUCUUCAACUUCUUUCUCCGGUUGAUGAACUCACUCGAGUAGUUUGCAUGGCCAUUUUUCGUCAUUUGAGAUUCUUGUUUGGUGGCCUUCAUGAUGAUCCUAGAGCUUCUGAACCGAUGAUCAACCUUGCAAGAGUAGUGUCAUCUUGUGUCCACAGUAUGGAGCUUAGAGCUCUUGCUUCCUGCCUUGCAUCCGUGGUUUGUUCAGCUGAGCAUCCUCCUCUGCGCCCCAUUGGAAGCCCCAAUAGAGAUGGGGCAUCUGUCGUUCUCAAAUCUGUUCUUGAGAGGGCAACUGAGCUCCUGACAAACCCUCAUGCUGCUACCAACUGUGGCAUUUCUAACAGAGAAUUUUGGCAGGCCUCUUUUGAUGCAUUCUUUGGUCUCCUCACAAAAUACUGCUUUAAUAAAUAUGAUUCUGUUAUGCAAUCCUUCCUCGCCCAAGCCUCACCAGAGACAGCUACUCUUGGGUCUGAUGCAACCAGAGCCAUCAGUAGAGAGAUGCCGGUUGAGCUCUUACGAGCUAGUCUUCCUCAUACAAGUGAGCCUCAGAGAAAACUGUUGCUGGAAUUCGCACAGCGGUCCAUGCCCAUGUUGGGUCUUGGGGGUCAGGGCGGAGGGAGUGGUGGCUCUUGA